UUCACUGGCGACAAACGUGUGACAUGAUUCGUAAGUUCUCGACUUUUUAUUGACAUAAUUCCUAAAACAUCAUGACUUACACGUACAAUCGACGUUUCCUAUGUAGUACCUGUGUAGCCUACCAUACGUGAAGCGCUAUUAAAGACAUAAAGGGAACCCUAUUUGGUUGUUCGCGGGUUUAAUCAAUUUUUUUCCAAUCUAAUACGCAUAAAUGUGCCGAUAUUUCGUGUUUUUCAAUUUAAUAGGUACUGAUGUUUAAUUUUGGUCACAAAAGUUCCUACCGAAGAAGAAAUCGAGACUCGUAACCGUUUAACCCUUUAUUACAUAUGUAGAUGUACUAUCUCACUACAAAGGUUUUUGUGUAUUAUCACAAAAAGCCAGCAUAACCGAAAAAGACCAAGAACAGGAAUAUUUUUACGAAAAAGUGAACGAUUCGCGUGAUCUUUGCUCAAACGAAGAAGACACUGAGGAAGAAAACGCCAGCAAAGAAAUCACCAAACCUGACGAAAGCUUGGUAAAAGUCAACAAAAGGUCGAACAAAGCACCACAACACAAGCAGCAGAAUCAACGACCAAGAUUUAAAUAUCAUACUGUUUAUUGGAGAAAAAAUUUGACAAGAAAGAAGUACACACGUGCACGAAGUGACUCCCUAAUCGUCAAAACCAAAAAUGGAAAUUAUGCUCCAGAAUACUGCAGAUCAGAGUCACGUCGAAUGCAUAAAUUCGUUUACGAAGUUUGCAUCAAAAAAUCAUUAUUCAAGAAACUCAAGAAAUUCGGAAAACCUUCAAAAACGGGUCAAAGUUGUCGAUGGUAACAAUCAAUUAGUACCAUUUGGCCAGCCGGGAGAAAUGUGCUUCAGAGGAUACAUGUUAAGUAAUGAAGGGUACUACAAGGAACCAGAAAAAACAAAGGCAGUAUUAUCAGAAGAUGGAUGGUUUCACAGUGGAGAUAGGUUUGCUUUGAUGGAAAAUGGAUAUGCUCAGAUUGUUGGUCGUAUCAAAGAUACAAAUAUAAUUAUCAGAGGAGGAGAAAAUAUCCAACCCAGUGAAAUAGAAAGAGUAAUAAGCAAACAUCCAGAUGUUAUUGAUGUCCAAGUAUAUGGAGUGACUGAUGCUCGACUGGGUGAAAAAGUAGCAGCAGCUGUAAUUAAAAAGGAAAAUUCAAAUUUGAGUGAAUCGGAUGUGAAACAAUAUUGUGAAGGGAGUAUUGCAUCAUAUAAAAUUCCAGAAUACAUAUUUUUUUGCGAAAAUUAUCCAAAAACUGCUUCUGGAAAAAUACAAAAAGGCAAACAGAGAGAAAUUUCCGAAAAAGAGAUCCACGACAGAACAUUAAAAUAAUAAAUUAC